AUUAAAGAAAAACUGAAAUGUCAAUGUUUAACCGUCAUCUCCCUCCAGUGUGACGUUGGGUCGGCCCAUAUUUUUGAAUUUUGUACACUAAAUUAAUAUUAAGUAGAUCUUAACAAGGCUCCCAUGAUAAAUUGGAUGUUACAAAUCAAAAAACUGGACCUAAUUGCACAAUUGAUUUUAGAAAUGAGUAAAAUAAUCCCAUCUGCCGCAAAAUUGUUGGCCAGUAGAGCGGUUACGAAAGCAGGCAUUCUUGCUCCUGUGGCACCUAAAAUCAGAUACAGUACGAAAAAUGAAGCUAGCAUUGAAAUCAAGCCCUACAAACUUCACAAAUUGGAUAAAGGUCCCCCGACAUCAUCGACUAUCACACAUAAAGAAGCACUCGCUUUGUAUGAAAAGUUAGUUGUGCUCCGAAGACUAGAAACAGCUGCCAGUAACAUGUAUAAGGCAAAGGUCAUCCAAGGAUUUUGUCAUUUAUAUCUAGGUGAAGAGGCAGUCGCCGUCGGCAUAUGUUCGGUUAUGCGCCCGAUAGACACCGUGUGUGGCGCGUAUCGAUGCCACGGCUGGACUCACCUCAUGGGCGCCAGCGAGCUGGGCGUGCUGGCUGAGCUCGCAGGCCGCAAGUCCGGCUGCGGCCGCGGUAAAGGAGGCUCCAUGCAUAUGUACACACCAAGACUCUUCGGAGGCAACGGUAUCGUCGGCGCUACGGGCCCAUUAGGCGCUGGUAUUGCUUUUGCUCACAAAUACAAGGGCACCGGUGGCGUUAACUUCGCGCUAUACGGGGACGGAUCCGCCAACCAGGGUCAGGUGCACGAAGCCUUCAAUAUGGCUAAGCUUUGGGUCUUACCCUGUAUUUUCCUCUGCGAAAACAAUGGAUACGGUCUGGGAACUGCGGCAAAAAGAUCGUCAGCGUCCACGGAGUACUAUGCCCGCGGUGAUUAUAUCCCCGGCAUCAAAGCCGACGGCAUGGACGUAGUAGCCACCAGGGAAGUCACGAAGUUUGCGAUUGAUUGGUGCGCCAGUGGAAAAGGUCCUAUAGUAGUGGAGUUUGACACCUACCGCUACACAGGACACUCGAUGUCUGAUCCGGGCACGUCGUACCGCUCGCGCGAGGAGGUUGCGGAAGUGCGAGCUAAGCGAGACCCUAUCACCAGCUUCAAGGAGAAGCUUCUUAAGGCCCAGCUCGCUACUGCCGAACAACUGAAGGCAAUCGAUUCUAAAGUAAAGAAGUCAAUCGAUGCAGCCACUAAGCAAGCGAAAGCAGACGCCGUUAUUGGUCCCGAGGAGCUUACGGCUGACAUCUAUUACUCGUGCCUUGAGAAGGAAAUCCGGGGUACUCACCCCGGAGCGCCGCGUGCGCACCUGGCACUUUCAAAGCGCGCAUCGUAAAACUCAGAUAAUUAAGUCUGUUAUCCCAUAAACAUACUCCAAGAAAUAGGUAAAAUGUAAUUUUUUUGAGAAAUUUACGUUUGGUAUGUUGUCACUUGUAUUUUGUUAAUUUAUUAGUAUUUCGUUUUGAACAUGUUUGAGUUCAGUGUAAGGUAAUGAGGCCGCCCAACUUAAUAUUUAAAAUUAUUCAGUCUAUCUUUAACAGUAAAUCUUAAGUUAAUUUUUUUGGAUGGAUCACACUGUUUUGUCGUUUGUGUUUAUACAAACGACAAAAUGUACUGUUGACUAAAGGAGUAUCCACACCGCAGUUAUUUUUUGCCGAGCAACAGAAUUCUUGAUCAAGAACAUUAGGUAAUAUUUUUCAACUUUCGCGACUGCUCGUUACUUUUUGUUAAAUGAUCACUUUCAUACCUCCAAUAACAUAAAAGUAGCAAUUAGUAACCAGUUAGUUGCACAGCUUAUGUUCAGGAGCUUCUAUAGGUGAGGGACUUAAUCUCUUGCUCAAAAAUUACAUAGAACAUAAAAGAUAAAGAACUGAUUAUUGUGUAUCUCUUUAAUAAGUUUAAAAGACGGCGUUCGUCGUGGAUGAGUUAUGAUGAGGAGUGCACAAAUACUCAGUUACAUUAAAAUGAAGUUAUAUAGGAUUGACCGACGAUUUUAAAAAUGUAAACGUGACUUUAUCUAAUAAUAACUUCAUGUACUUACUAAGAAAUUUAACAAAUAGCUUUUUUUCAAUUGAAUGUUGCUCCUCAUUAAGUGGCUGUGAUGUGAUUGAUGCAUCUUCAUCAAUUUAGAUUCUGUGAUUUAAGAGCAAUGUGAAUAUGGUACCCAAUAAAAGUUUGAAAAUUCAAAAA